AUGUUGCCUCUACGCGGAAAGAUGACACCCUCUAAUAUUCGCCCUCUACUCUACUACCACGACAACAGAAUCAUGAUGAAUUUCGUUCGAGACCCCCUUAUCGGUCUGAGCUGGAUCACCAGGACACCAGACCUUCCUCGACUCACUCCAGUCCAAGUCGAAGCGCUCGAUGUUGUACAGGUCAUCGCCGAAACUAACCACUUGGCUCUGAAUAUGCAGCCCGGUGAUUUGACUUUUGUCAAUAACUUCGGUUGUCUUCACGCCCGUGAGGCCUUUGAAGACUCAGACACCCAGUCCCGCUACUUGGUGCGCAUGUGGCUCAAGAACGCCGAGCUGGCCUGGAGCCUCCCUGAAGAGUUGGCCGCUGGGAAUAUACGAGUGUUUGAUAACGAGGAGAUUGACGAGGAUUGGAACAUUGUCUACAAGCCACGCCUCCUAUUCCAGGUCGCAGAAAGGAUGACUCCGUAA